AUGUUUGAAAUCUUCACGCAAGGGUUCUCGUUCCUAAAUUUGUUGUCAAUUUUGGCCUUUUUCACCACUGUAGGCCUCUUCUUCUGCGGCAUGUAAGUGGAAGUCAAAGGCCUCUGUGGUUCACAAACGGUUUCAGACCCAUCUGUCGGCAGAUAUGGAAGCGAAAAGACACGGAUGAGAUCUCAGGCGCUCCGUUCCUCAUGGGCAUCGUGGGGUAAGUUCUUUUCAAACUCAUUUUUGAGCAAAAAAACUCAAGUUACUUCUUUCAGUGGAUGCUGUUGGAUGACGUACGGAUGGUUGAAAAACGAUCAAACUGUUAAAUGGGUGACAGGAUGCCAAGUCAUCCUCUACACUUCUUACACCGUCUUCUACUGGAUUAUGACCAAAAAGAAGGUAGUUCUGAAGAUUGAGCUGCCUGAGCCAUGAAUGGACUUCAGCUGUGGAUCACGAUCAAAGUGCUCGGAGUGGCUGCGAUUUGCACGUCGCUCGUGCUUUCGGUGCACUUCUUCGGGAUGAAGGUCUUCCAUCCACUUGGAAUCAUCUGCCUCACGCUCAACAUCGCCGACUUCGCCGCUCCGCUCGCCGGACUCGUGAGUCUUUGGCCUCUAGGCUCAACCCAACCGUCCUUGUUUCAGAGAGUUGUCAUUCGUCGGUGUGCGACGUCGACGUUGCCUCUUCCGCUGUGUAUCGCCAAUUUCCUAGUCUCCUCUGAGUGGUUCCUCUAUGGACUUCUGGUUCACGACUUCUACCUCAUCGUGAGUUCCCUCGUUCUUAUCAAAAUCUUCGAUGCAAGAAGAAAGAAGGCUGAAACCCUGGCGAUUUCAGACACCAAACGGGGUCGGAUCGCUUCUCGCCUUCAUCCAGCUGAUGCUCUUCGUCGUUCUGCCACGGAAGCCAGGCCAGCGGUCUCCGAUCGUUCGACUCUACCUGUGGGCAAGGAGGGCCAACGUCGAUGACAGCCAAGGUCCGUGUACUUACUAUCAAGUUCCACUCGAUACUGUUUUCUCGGCUGACGUGUUCGGUAGAUAAGCAGUAGUAACACUGAAAACAAAUAUCAAAGCGGAAAUGAAAUGAACUAAUGGGUACCCUGCUACAGAAAUCGUGGCGGAACUGGGCGAGAACGACGAGAAAAAGAUGAAUCGCGCUCAGCGCUGGUCCCAGAAGAUCAAGACCAACGUCAGCACUGUGGCCGAAGAGCUCGAGAACGUCAUCAGCAAAGUCGGCAUCCACGACCAGUUCGUUUUUCUUUCUCUUCAGUUCACCAGAUCAACUUCUGUGAAGAGUCUUCAGAUCGUUCAAAAAACUCCUUUCAGGUUCGCUUACACGCACAACAUCAACGACGAAGACACGGCGUCGGAAAAGACAGUAGAGACUUUGGACGAGAAGGCUGGAAAGAAAGAGAAGACAGAAAAGCAGGAAGAGAGCCGGAAAACGGCCCAGGAGUCGGAGUGGGAACGCAAGGUGCGCAGCUCGAUGCGGCACGCGGAAGCCGACCGCGAAAAGCGGCUCCGACGGAGCAUCAGCUCUCCCGACCUCACCGAGUAG